AUGUCUUUAGACGAUCAACCAACCGUGGAACCCAACCAGAAGAGAGUGAAAACCGAAGGCUCGAAUGUGAACGGGACCUACAAGACUCCAGCUCCGACAAAAACGGUAAUGGAGGCUCUUUACUCGGAAUCUGUUGUGGCUAGACUGUGGCACGUCGCGGCAAAGGCGCUGGGAAGCAGUAAUCCACCAAUUCUGUUUCCCGAGUAUACCGCUAAAGAUAGUGCUACAUAUGUCUACCGAAGCCUCGACUUCUGGACUUCCGGUUUUUUCCCGGGAUCUCUCUAUCUCCUUCUCGAGCGGUUGAUAAAGUAUCCUCAGGACACAAAUUCAUCCAAACCAGCCAACUCAACCGUUAACACACCAAUGCCACAUCCACUUCAACUCGAGCAUCUGUGCAAAUGGUGGACAGCCAGCCUCCACCAAAACGCACUCAAGCGAGACACCCACGACCUAGGUUUCAUGAUUGCCCCCUGGGCAAUGAAGGCCUGGGAGCUCCAGCGCGACACAGCCGCAUACAAUAGCCUCGUCAUGGCGGCACAUUCUCUUGCCAGCCGUUUCAACGCUACUACCCAAUGCCUACAAAGCUGGGAUGUCUGUGUCACGAAUCGGUAUUGUUUCACCGAUCCUUCCAAGGACUUUCUCGUGAUCAUUGACAAUAUGUUAAACCUGGAUCUACUGUUUUGGGCUGCCAAAGAGACUUCAAACAAAUCUCUACAUGAUAUCGCGCUGGCCCAUGCAAAGACAACGCAGAAGCAUCACAUCCGCGAAGACAAUACCACAUUUCAUGUAGUGAACUUUGAUGCACAGACAGGCAAUGUCAAAGCCAAAUUCACGAACCAAGGAUAUAGCGAUGACAGUUGCUGGGCGCGUGGCCAGGCUUGGGGAAUUCUGGGAUUCAUGCAGACCUUCGGAUGGACGGGCGAGGUGUCCUUCCUUGACACGGCGAGGGCACUGGCUGAUUAUUUCCUUGCGCAUCUACCGCAGGACGGUGUGCCUUAUUGGGAUUUCACUGCCCCCGUCACCGAAACAAGCCCACGGGACACUUCCGCAGCCAUGGUCGCAGCCUGUGGUCUUUUGCUGCUGCACAAGGCGCUGAAAGGUACACCAGAUGGAGACCGUUACCUGCGGGAGGCGAUUAAUCUUGUUGAUGCUACGGUCUCGAAAUUCUUGAAUCCCCCAACGCUCCGGUUUGAGACCACUCAAUCUACAACGAAGGUCCUGGUGUAUCCGGAAGGCUGCUUGGAUGAGCGCGGUGGCGAUGGGUUUGAGAACUUGACUGUCACCAACCAGUCUACCUCCAGACCGUGCGAUACGAUUCUGGAUGGCGCCACCAUUAACAACUACGAAUACGCGCCCCGACGGUGGUCUAACCAUGGACUCGUCUAUGCAGACUACUACUUUGUCCUGUUCGGCAACAUGCUUCUUGAUUUGGGUUUGGUGAAUAGAGGGUCUCUGUGCAUUGACUAA